AUGUCAGCUGCUGGUUCCUGUCUAUGUCAAAUUUUAGCAACCAUUCAUCAGAAUGAUCCCUCCUCAAUAGCUAUAUUCAGAACAAUAUAUAACACCUUAUAUUCCAUUCGCCAAGAAAGACUUAACGGUCGUACGCCAGUACAAGCCCUUAUUGAUGAACUGCAAGGAUCCGACUUUGAAUUUGAAUAUCAAUGUGAUCACCAAAAUCAUAUAACAAAUCUUUUUUUUGCACACAGGAUAUCUAUUUCUCUAACUCGUACUUACCCUACUGUGCUACUUAUUGAUUGCACUGAUGAAACAGAGGUUAAUUACGAGUGGGCUUUGACUUGUGUGUCAAAAAUAUUCAGCGAAUUGUCUCACCCUAGUGUCAUAGUUACCGACCGAGAACUGGCAUUAAUGAAGGCUAUUGAGAAAAUCUUUCCUA